UUUCUCCUCCUCCAUCAUCAUGGUCUCUUCCUUACCUUUUGACACGAUGGAAAACCCUACCGAUGCGCUCCAUGACCUCUACAGCGACCUUAAGGAUAUCAGUCUCGAUGCAUUUCCAAGUCGCGUAACCACCCAUUUCACUUCGAUUUUCGCAGCGUCCGACGCGUUCGAAACGAUUCCUUCUUUGAGUACUCGAAGGCCUCCAGAACAGCACCAACACAGAGCCCUUGUACGAUUUCGGGCCAUGAUUCAGGACACAUCGAUAUCGCCAGAAGUAUACUUGGCAAGACUGCCCGGUGGGAGACUUGGUGGAUGGGGUCUCGUCGACGAGACAGCCCCAGCUGAUCCUAACUUUGACUAUUCAAACUUGAGAGAAUGUUCUAUCCUUUGGGCAGUGAGCAUCCCCGGAGAAUGGUCGACUGGGGACCCUGAAGGAUAUCCGGAACACCAGCCAACGCAAUCACACAAAUUCCCUUUGCAUGGGGUCUCACAUAUUGGUGUCAAAAUUAAGAUAUACGAUGGUCAGGCAGAUUCAUUCAAGCCGACAGACAUUGUCACCUUCGUGGGCAUUUUGUCAUCUGAAUCGCUUCACACUGACUUGGACGGCAGCACCUCUACUUUGGUGCCCACUCUCCACGUUUUGUUUUCUCGACCCGUUUCUUCGACUGUAAUACCACACAACGUGGCGUCUAAUCUUGAUGCUGACUUGCGUUCCGAGCUAAUAGACUGGAUUGCGCACGAAGGACUUGCUGGCGAUCGCGAGGCCGCAGAGUGGGUCCUCUUGUGCUGCUUAGCUCGCGUGCAGUCUAGAACACCACCAAUCUUUCCACCAUGUCUGGGUCUUUCCCGAUUUCCUUCACCGACUGAUCCGACAUUGUGGACCCCGGCUAUCUCAGAUAUUCUAUCUCAGUUAUUCUUAUCAGUCUCCAGCAUACCUCUUUCUUUAUCUACAGUCAAUGCCACACCUUUCAUCCCCGAGUCAAAAGAUGAGGAUCUGCACAGCGGCUGGCUGCAGCUUCCCAAGGGUAGUAUUUGUGUGGUCACAGAAGCCGGCAUUCAGGAAGGCAAUAUCGUUGAGCGUGGCCUGCUAAACUUACGUGCUAUGCAAGAGAUGAUGACAUCGCAAAUUCUUGAAUAUGUUUUUCCUUUUAGUUCAUUUUCGUUUGAAACAGACGUCGUCUUUCUUGUUUUGUGUGAGGGAAGCAAGAGUGCCUUUUUCCAGACCCUUGUUCAGCUUCCUUUAAAGCCUGUGAUGGAGACAAAUAGGCUAUACAAGAGUCCAGGCAAAAUUCAGCUGCCCCCAAAACUUGAUAUGUUCCGGCAACUGGUUGCCAAGGCUAGAGUUGGAAGUGUUUCGAUUGGGGAUCAGACUGCCACGCGAAUUCAAGAAGAUUUCGUGAAUGGGCGAAGAGGAGGAAACAUGACUGCUGAUGAUCUAAUUCAGCGUAUGUCCAUCGCAAGGCUUCUGGCGCUUUCUUACGACAAGUCUGAGGUCGAUGAGGAAAUGUGGGAGAAAGCCAAGAGCCUGGAGAGAUCGAGAAGACAGAGAAUCGACGGCCACAUUUAAGUGUAAGAUUAUACUCGGAUUUCUCAUCUAUCAACCAGCUUAUACUCUCACUUGCGUAACGAACUGUUUCCUCGAAGUAGUACCGCGUGAU